AUGGCUAGAAGGGAGCUGACUGUCAUCAAAGGGACAUUUUUAUUGACUCUGUUGUUGAUAUUCUUUGUGGCCUGCUAUGUCCAUCUUUUUGGUCAGGAAGCCAGUGAAUGUGACGGAAAUGACGUCAUCAUCAAUGCCAAACUCUCCUUCCAUAAAAUAAAGUUGGCAAGUUCCAUAACAGAUAAAUUCCCUAAUUAUAAACUGUUUUACUAUGGGAAGGAGGAAAACGAUUUGAGGAAACUGAACGGUCAGCCCAUAUUAUUCAUACCUGGUCACUCUGGCUCACAUUUGGAUGUUGCCGGCCUGGGGUCAUCCCUGCAUAGAAUAAUUAAAAAGUUGAAGAUAACCACCUUUCAUUUUGAUGUCUUUGCUCUUGAUUUCAAUCAGGAGCUGUCAGGAUUUUAUGGUGGGGUUAUUAAACCUCAGACGGAAUUCAGCCAGGAAUGCAUAGACCAGGUACUGUUGUUGUACAGCUCUCGGAAUAACAACAUCAAGCCAGAGUCUGUCGUCAUUAUCGGCCAUCACAUGGGUGGAAUAGUGGCUAGAUCUCUCUUCUUAUUGGCUAGUUUUGACAGGUCGUCAGUGCAAACCAUUGUCACGUUAGCCACACCCCAUAUAUUUCCACCAGUAGCAGUCUUCGAUUCGGUGAUGGCUUCCGUGUACACGAAUGUUAAUGAGUACUGGGCCAAAAAGAUGUUGGAUGCUGUGGUGUUCAUCUCAAUUGGGGGAGGAGUCAAUAAUUUGAUCGACAGACAACAAUUCGCGAAAGUUGAUAAGGUGGUCACCGAGCUAGCAAGAGCCCUGUAUGACACUGUCGACAAGAAAAGCAAUAGGAUAUCGGCAGACGCGAGCCACGUGCACAGCUCAUUUCAAUAUCAUUUCGAGAAAAAUUCUGGGCCCGUCUAUCAAAAGAUGAACUAUGACCUAAUGACCAACAUUGAGGUCAGCAUUCCUUGGAAGGUCAAGAAAAAAAAGACGUUCAAAUUUGUUGAACGAAAUGUAUCGGCAGCAUCGUACGUCGUCAUGACGAUGGCGAAAGUGAACGCCCCCAACUACGGCUUCCUGGCGCUGACCAAUAUCGAUGAUCCGUCAUGGGUGGGGGCAUGCACUUUGAAUGGCAAGGAGGUCAAGUGUAAGCAGAUGGGCAACUUCGCCAGGUAUGCCAACCUCAUUCCUCCCACCAAUCUUAAUAUCAAGAUGGUGAUGUUGAAUUCAGAUCGCUUGGACAUGUUCACUCACUGGAUCAUCAGAGUUCCACACUCGUCACAACCAAUGUUGAUGAUGAUGGAAAUGUACAAGCUGUCGAACCGCACGACCACCCACCGCGUCACAUCUCUUCAUGACGUUAUCCUCUCGCCCAUCCAAUCGUUGACCGAGGAUAAGAUCAUCAUCAACACCACACGUUCCUCUCACCUCUUCUACAACAUCUCUCUCUCCGGCUUCGUCAGUAUCUUCCAAGCAUACACCAUCAAGUUCAAAUGUGUGAGAUGUGGAGGAAGGAGUGAGGGUGAGUAA